AGGUUAUAAAGUGAGGAGAUGCUCUGAUCAUUCCCUUACUCUGUUCUCGUGCACAUCCUCACAAACCAGGACGCUGCAGCGACGCAGAUAAAACCUCCGAGAGCUUCAGAGCAGAUCCACCCAGCACGAUGUCUCGCUUCAUGGACAUGACAGAGUUUGGAGAAGCCGGUCAGUUCCUCCGUCUCACCAACCUGGAGCAGCUGGCUGCCAAGGCCCAGGCCUUCGACGGUACAAAGCGAGUGUGGAUGCCUGACGAGGCUGAAGCCUACAUCGAGGUGGAGAUCAAAGAGCUGAACGGAGACAAGAGCACGGUGGAGACCAAGGACGGACGCUUUCUGAUCGUGAAAGAAGACGACCUGCAGCCUAUGAACCCUCCUAAGUUUGACAUGAUGGAGGACAUGGCCAUGUUGACUCACCUGAACGAGGCGUCCGUCCUCUUUAACCUGAGGAGGAGAUACAGCAUGUGGAUGAUCUACACCUACUCUGGUCUGUUCUGUGUCACCGUUAACCCGUAUAAAUGGCUGCCGGUCUACUCUCCUGAGGUGGUGACCGCCUAUAAAGGGCGACGUCGUGCAGACACUCCACCGCACAUCUACGCCAUCGCUGACAACGCCUACUCCGACCUGCUGCAGAAUCGUGAGAACCAGUCAAUGCUCAUCACCGGUGAGUCCGGAGCAGGAAAAACCGUCAACACCAAGAGGGUCAUUCAGUACUUCGCCAUCAUCGCCGCUCUAGGGGAAACCGUGAAGAAAGGGGGCUCUCUGGAAGACCAGAUCAUCGAAGCCAACCCGGCCAUGGAGGCCUUCGGUAACGCCAAGACCAUCCGCAAUGACAACUCCUCUCGCUUUGGAAAAUUCAUCCGGAUUCAUUUCGGGACGACCGGACGUCUGGCGUCGGCCGACAUAGAAAUCUAUCUUCUGGAAAAGUCCAGGGUUGUGUUCCAGCAGCCCGGGGAGAGAAGCUACCACAUCUACUACCAGAUCCUGUCCAGUCACAAGCCAGAGCUGCAAGACAUGCUGCUGGUGACCACCAACCCCUACGACUACCACUUCUGCUCCCAGGGUGUGACCACGGUGGAGGGCAUGAACGACGGAGACGAGCUGAAGCUCACGGACCACGCCAUGGACACUCUGGGCUUCACCCCAGAGGAGAAGUACGGCUGCUACAAGAUCGUCGGAGCCAUCAUGCACUUCGGCAACAUGAAGUUCAAGAAGAAACAGAGGGAGGAGCAGGCCGAGGCCGACGGCACGGAGAGUGUGGAUAAGGCAGCGUACCUGAUGGGCAUCAGCUCCGCCGACCUGCUGAAAGGCCUCCUGAACCCCAGAGUCAAAGUCGGAAAUGAGUUCAUAGUUAAAGGACAGACUGUUGAACAGGUGAACUACUCAGUGGCGGCUCUGGCCAAAGCCACAUACAACCGUAUGUUCAGGUGGCUGGUGAGUCGGAUCAACGCGUCUUUAUACACCGCUCUGCCGCGUCAGUACUUCAUCGGGGUCCUCGACAUCGCCGGCUUCGAGAUCUUCGAGUUCAAUAACUUUGAGCAGCUGUGCAUCAACUUCACCAACGAGAAGCUGCAGCAGUAUUUCAACCACCACAUGUUCAUCCUGGAGCAGGAGGAGUACAAGACUGAGGGGAUAGAUUGGACCUUCAUAGACUUCGGUCUGGACUUGCAGGCGUGCAUCGACCUCAUAGAGAAGCCGAUGGGUAUUCUGUCCAUCAUGGAGGAGGAGUGCAUGUUCCCCAAGGCCACGGACCACAGCUUUAAAACCAAACUCUACGACAACCAUCUGGGGAAGUCACCCAACUUCCAGCGGCCACGGCCCGACAAGAAGCGAAAAUACGAGACGCACUUUGAGGUGGUUCACUAUGCUGGAGUGGUGCCGUACAACAUCACCGGCUGGCUGGACAAGAACAGAGAUCCUCUGAACGAGACGGUGGUGGUCCUCUUCCAGAAAUCCUCCAACAAACUGAUCUCUGGACUUUUUGAGGACUACAUCAGCUCUGAGAUGGCAGGUGAUCCGAAGGCUGAGACCAAACAGAGGAAGAGGAAAGCAGCUUCUUUCCAGACAGUGUCGCAGUUACACAAGGAGAAUCUUAAUAAGCUGAUGGCGAACCUGCGCAGCACUCAGCCUCAUUUUGUUCGCUGCAUAAUCCCCAACGAGACCAAGAACCCAGGUGUGAUGGAUCCCUUCCUGGUCCUCCACCAGCUCAGGUGUAAUGGAGUCCUGGAGGGGAUCAGGAUUUGCAGGAAGGGCUUCCCAAACCGUAUCCUGUACGCCGAGUUCAAACAGCGUUAUCGCAUCUUGAAUCCUUCUGCGAUCCCGGAGGACUCGUUUGUGGACAGCAGGAAGGCCGUGGAGAAGCUGCUGGGUUCUCUCGACAUCGACCACACCCAGUACAAGUUUGGACAGACCAAAGUGUUUUUUAAGGCCGGUCUGUUGGGACAGCUGGAGGACAUGAGGGACAGUCGUCUGUCCCAGAUCCUCACCACCGUUCAGGCCAUGUCCAGAGGGAAACUGAUGAGGAUGGAGCGACAGAAGAUGAUGCAGCACAGAGAAUCUGUGACCGUGAUCCAGUUCAACCUCAGGGCCUUCUUCUCGGUGAGGACUUGGCCGUGGAUGAUGCUGUUCUAUAAGCUCCGCCCAUUGCUGCGAAGCGCCCAGGUGGAGAAGGAACUGGCCGUCCUGAACGAAGACUUCAGCAAACUGAAAGAGGCCUUCGACAGGUCGGAGGGGAAGAGGAAGGAGGCGGAGGAGCGGCAGGUGGUUCUGGUUCAGGAGAAAAACGACCUGGCUCUGCAGCUCCAAGCGGAGCAGGACAACCUGACGGAUGCGGAGGACCGCUGCAACCAGCUGAUUCAGUCCAAAAUCUCCCUGGAGUCGAAGCUGAAGGAGACGCACGAGCGUCUGGAGGAUGAGGAGGAGGUGAACGCCACGUUGGCGACCAAGAGGAGGCAGCUGGAGGAUGAGGUGACGUCCCUGAAGGGGGACGUGGACGACCUGGAGAUGACCCUGGCUAAAGUGGAGAAGGAGCGACAUGGGGUCGAGAACAAGGUGAAGAACUUGACCCACGAGAUGUGCGUUUUGGAUGAAUCCAUCUCGACUCUGAGCCGAGAGAAAACCGCCCUGCAGGAAGCUCACCAGCAGGUUCUCAACGACCUCCGGACGCAGGAGGACAAAGUCAACAUGUUGGUGAAGGCCAAGGCUCGACUGGAGCAGCAGGUGGACAACGUGGAAGGUUCCCUGGACCAAGAGAAGAAGAUGCGAAUCGAUCUGGAACGAACCAAGAGGAAGCUAGAGGGGGAUCUGAAGCUGUCCAUGGACUCAACGAGGGACCUGGAGAACCAGAAGGAGGAGCUGGAGGAGAGACUAAAAAAAAAAGACUUUGAGCUCAAUCAGCUUCAGUCCAAGAUGGAGGAUGAGCAGAACGUGGUCGGUCAGCUGCAGAAGAAGAUCAAAGAGUUUCAGACUCGCAUCGAGGAGCUGGAGGAGGCGCUGGAUGCCGAGCGGGCGUGGCGCACCAAGGCUGAGCGCCAGAGGAACGACAUCGCCAGGGAGCUGGAGGAGCUGGGGGAGAAGCUGGAGGAGGCCGGAGGAGCCUCGGCGGCUCAGAUCGCUCUGAACAGGAAGCGGGAGGCGGACUUCCUGAAGAUGCGACGGGAGCUGGAGGAGGCGGGGCUUCACCACGAGGCGACAGCCGCCACUCUGAGGAAGAAGCACCUGGACACGGUGACGGAGCUGAGCGAGCAGAUCGACGGCCUGCAAAGAGCUAAGCAGAAACUAGAGAAGGAGAAGGCCGAGUUCAGGCUGGAGGCCGACGACCUGGCCGCGAACGUGGAGCAGCUUUCAAGAGCCAAGGGAUGUGUUGAAAAGAUGUGCAGGGCUUAUGAGGACCAGCUGAACGAGAGCAGGAGCAGAGCUGAUGAGCUUCAGAGACAACUGACCGAAGUAUCUGCCCAGAAAGCACGAGCCGUCACCGAGACCGCCGAAUACAGCCGUCGCCUGGAGGAGCGGGACGCUAUGAUUGGUCAGCUGCAGCGCUCCAAGGCCGGAGUUUGCCAAAGCUCGGAGGAUCUGAAGAGGCAGCUGGAGGAGGAGAGCAAAGCUCGCGUGGCGCUGGCCCACACGGUGCAGGCGUCCCGUCACGACUGCAGUCUGCUCAGGGAACAGCUGGAGGAGGAGCAGGAGGCCAAGGCUGAACUGCAGAGGGCGCUGUCCAAAGCCAACAGUCAGCUGGUUCAGUGGAGAGCCAAGUACGAGACCGAGGCCAUGCUGAGAAUAGAGGAGCUGGAAGAUGCAAAGAAGAAGUUGGUCGUGAAACUUCAGUGCGCUGAGGAAGCCGCGGAGGCGUCUCAGGCCAAGUCCUCGUCCCUGGAGAAAACCAAACAGCGUCUGCAGACGGAAAUCGAAGACCUGGUGGUGGAGCUGGAGCGGUCCAACGCCGCGGUUCUGGCUCUGGACAAGAAGCAACGCAACUUUGACAAGUUGCUGAGCGACUGGAAGCUGAAGUUCGAGGAGAGUCAGACGGACCUGGAGGCGUCACAGAAAGAGUCUCGGAGUCUGAGCACGGAGCUCUUCAAACUGAAGAACUCCUACGAAGAAGCUCUGGACCAUCUGGAGACGGUUAAACGAGAAAACAAGAACCUGCAGGAGGAGAUCGUGGACCUGGCGGAUCAGCUGAGUCAGGAGGGGAAGACCAUCCACGAGCUGGAGAGGAUGAAGAAGAUCCUCCACGUGGAGAAGAGCGACAUCAGAGCCGCUCUGGAGGAAGUGGAGGGCAGCCUGGAGCACGAGGAAAGUAAAACCCUGAGGUUCCAGAUGGAGCUGCAGCAGAUCAGGACCGAGAUCGACCGUAAGAUGGCGGAGAAAGACGAAGAGCUCGACAACCUGAGGCGGAGCCACCAGCGCUCCCUGGAGACCAUGCAGGCCAGUCUGGAGGCGGAGGUCCGCAGUCGCAGCGAGGCGGUCCGACAGAGGAAGAAGAUGGAGUCGGACCUGAACGAGAUGGAGGUCCAGCUGGGACACGCCACGAAGCAGGCGGCCGAGAGCCAGAGGAGCAUCAGGCUCCUCCAGACCCAGGUGAAAGAGCAGCAGGUGGAGCUGGAGGACAAGCUGCAUCUGACCAAUCAGCUGAAGGAGCAGCUGGUCCUGUUGGAGCGCCGCUGUUCGCUGAUGACCGCCGAGGAGGAGGAGCUACGGGAGGCGCUGGAGCAGACGGACCGCGGACGCAAGAUGGCCGAACACGAGCUGGUGGAGGUGGCGGAGAGAGUUAAUCUGCUCACGACGCAGAACUCCGGCCUGGUGAACCAGAAGCGGAGGCUGGAGGCCGACCUGGGCCUCCUGACGGGGGAGGUGGAGGAGGUGAUGCAGGAGAGUCGGAGCACGGAGGAGAAAGCUAAGAAGGCGUUCACCGACGCGGCGGUGAUGGCCGAGGAGCUGAAGAAGGAGCAGGACAGCAGCAGCAUGAUGGAGAGGAUGAAGAAGAACAUGGAGGGAGCGGUCAGAGAGCUGCAGAUCAAACUGGAUGAGACGGAGCAGACGGCUCUGAAGGGAGGAAAGAAACAGCUCCAACUGGAGACCAGAGUGAGGGAGCUGCAGACCGAGCUGAUGCUGGAGCAGAGGAAGAGUGAGGAGUACCAGAAAGGAGUCCGCCGCUACGAGAGGAGGGUGAAGGAGCUCACGUACCAGACGGAGGAGGACCGUAAGACUCUGCUGAGGAUGCAGGAGCUCAUCGAUAAACUUCAGACCAAAGUCAAGAGCUACAAGAGACAAGCAGAGAACGCAGAGGAGCAGGUGAGCUGUAACUCCGUACGUUUCCGGAAGAUCCAGCACGAGCUGGACGACGCUGAGGAGCGAGCCGACAUCGCAGAGACCUCGGUCAACAAACUCCGGAUCCGAACCCGCGAACAGAUCAGCAAGGUCGUCAUGAUCGCUGAUUGAAGCUCCGCCUCCUCCUCCACCGGCUCCUCAGACUUUGGGUUUUAUUUAUUUUCAUGUGCUGUGUUGUUGUUUUUUUCAUUUUCUUUUUAAUGUUUAAAGAAACAUGAAACUAAAAGGAACCUGAGACGAGUGACGAUGUCUCGAAAUACAAAGAAAAACCUUACGUGUCAUCUUGAAGACAAAUUCAUUUAUUAUUCAUAUAUAUAUAUGUGUAUAUAUAUAUAUAUAUAAAGCUAAAGCUAAAAGCAGAGUUUAGGGUGGAUGCUAACAUGUUAGCCGUAGCUUCUGUCUGCCCCCUGGUGGCCAAACUGCUCCAUCACAGGAAGAAGUUGAUUUAUUGUGGUGCAAUAAACAAAUGAAUGAACAAAUAAAAA